AUGAGUUACUCGGAUCUACCCGAAAAAGCUUGGGAGAAGCUAUCCCAGGUCGCUGUGCAUGGUGCUGUAUACGACUCCCGUGAACGUCUGCCCCAUCCGAAAUGUCUGAAAGAUACCCGAACGACCCUUCUCAAGCACAUCUACGGGUUUUUAGACAACCCAGAGAAAAGCCAACUCGUUUGGCUGCAUGGCACCGCGGGCGUAGGAAAGUCUGCUGUUGCGUUCACCGUAGCUGAAAGGAUGAGAGGUCUGAAAGCAUCAGAGGUGACGACUGUUGAAAAACGGCUGGCAGGAACAUUCUUUUUCUCGCGCACGAACACGAACCGCCGCACGACUGGAUAUUUAUUCGCGACUCUCGCCUAUCAGCUUGCUAGGAAUUUCUCCUCCGUCCGGAGUGACGUAUCCAAAGCUAUCAUUGAAAAUCCCGCCGUUCUAGAAUCCAACAGUUCUGUUCGCGACCAGAUGGAGGCGUUGUUUCUCCGACCUCUCCGGAAGCUUCACCAAAGACAACAGAAUUGUCCGCCGUUGUCGUUCGUCAUUGAUGCCCUUGAUGAAUGCACCUCCGAAGCGGAGCUCGUUGAGCUCAUCUCACUGCUGGGCCAAGCUCUUCGUGAACCUGAUCUGCCAAAGCUUCACAUUCUGCUCACUAGUCGCUCGGAAAUGCAUGUCCGUAGAGCCAUGGAGGAUGAAGAGGUGCACCCGCUGGUGUGCGAGAUACCAGUGAAAACUUCUGGGGACGGUGUCCCUGACAUCAUCUCCUUAGACGGCGCAGACGUGGAUAAUGAUAUCUAUGUUUUCUUCAACCAUUCCUUCGCAAACCUGCGAGAUCAUCAUCGCGAUUUCCCACAACCAACGCGGGAUCAAUUGGUGAAAUUAGCGACCCGAGCAGGCAGACGUUUCAUCGUGGCGUCUACGAUGAUGAAGUUUAUCGACGAUGGAUACAAUGAUCCCCGAGGUCGGCUUCAGAUCAUGCUUGACUUGACGAGCCACCUGCUACCCGGCACAGAGGUAUACAGAUUGUACGACCGCAUCCUCUCAACAUGCGCUGACCCUAAUCGGGCAUACAUGCACUUGUCCGUUGUGGCCACCCUUGCAGACCCUCUUCCGGCGUCACAAAUAUCGAAACUUCUUGGUCCUGGUGAGGGAAACGAUGUCGAGACAACGCUUGUGCAGCUACGGUCCAUCAUGGAUAUUCCUACCGACAGCAGUCUUCCCGUGAAUAUCUAUCACUCGUCCGUCCGUGAUUAUGUUUCCAACCCCUCGAAUUGCAGCCUUCCUAACUUACAAUCUAUCGCGCCCCACUCCAUCCUCGCUUAUUCCUCGCUACGCUUGAUGAUAGACGAGAUACCAGCAAGCACGGCCCUCUUGGAUAGGCUCGUAGAAUUGAAGAGACAUAGUGAAGAUAUACCGUCUGAGGAACCCCAGAAUUUAAGAGAGUCAUUAAAGUUCAUCGUUCAGCCGCUGGAGCCCCUGCAAGUUCUUUCAGGUCUGCUAUGGGUUUGGGGAGAUCGCUCUCCGGUGCUACAGCGCUGGCUAGCGACCCGGGACGGGCGUGUCUGGCUGGAGACAGAGGAUGGGCGUGCCUGGCUAGAGACAAAGGACGGGCGUGCCUGGUUGGAGAACGAGGCCGGGGCAGAUAACCUGGACGAGAACGAGGAAAACUGGUUGUGGACAGAGGACUGGCUGAAGAUCCAGGCCGGGCGUGACUGGCUGCAGACCCUGGUCGGGAGAGACUGGCUGCGGACCCAGGGUGGCGAAGACUGGUUGCAGACAGAGAGCGGAAGAGACUGGCUACGGACCCAGGGUGGCGAAGACUGGUUGCAGACAGAGAGCGGAAGAGACUGGCUGCAGACACCGCAUGGUGAAGCAUGGCCGUUCAUGGGUGUCUGGAUAACAAUUGUCGAAUUCUGGAGUACACUGGAAGCAGUCAGCCAGUACCCGAUUGUCCCAGAUUUUCCUUGCCUCCCAGCCCUCCAGGUGAUCCAGCAUUUAAAGAGUUUACCGGAUUUCUUGACGUUUCCAGUGUUCCUCGCGCUAAGGCACCCUAAUAAUUCCACGUUCGCUUCACCGCAAGAUCAUCUUCCGGACAUGGAGAUCAUCCGUGCUAUGAAGACCUUCGUAAAUUUUGCCAACGAAGUAGGAGAACGAAGUCAAUCAGCUUCUCAUGCUCUUAAAUAUGCAUGCCACAACUGGGCCAUCCAUCUCGCGCGAGUUCCACGUCCUUGGGACGCCAAGCUUGGUCAUAUAUUUGAUUUCUUCUGGAAUCACAAUCUCCUGUGUUGGCUCGAAAUGCAUUGGUGUUCAAAGGGUCUGCAAGCUUGCCUCGCUGUUUUAUAUGAAGGAGAGAAACUUGCAGGGGAAUACAACUGA